GCUUCAACGGCCCAACUGACGACGCUGGAUGGAGAUAGAAAGGGGGAUUGCCUCGGAGGGAAAACCUUUUUCUUCUUUGUUUUUUUUUAGUGCCGUUUACUUCAGCUGCGAGAAAAGGAGAGGGGAGGUGUGUGAGGAAAGAUGGUUAAGAUUUUCCAGAGGGAGGAGGUGGACUUGAAGUAGUUUGGUGUGGAGUCUCCGAGGGGAACUUCAACGGUUAAUUUAGAUACAAAGUUGGGUGACUGACUGAGGAACCGCGGAGAAUGGAAACUAGCCUCCUCACAUCUGUGGUCACAGCUAGGUUCGCGUUUUAAAAGAUUUGCAUGAGGCCGGUAUAGGAAGAAAAAACUAUGCCGUUGCUGGCGGUGUAGUGCAGCCUGUGUGUUUAAAAAGAGUUUAGGCAACAACAAAAAAAAAAACUGCUAUACUUUACUGCCGCUUUUUUGUCAGUGAAUGGUGGUUGGCGUUUUUUCCGUUUGGCAGGACGGAUUGUCAAGGAGAAGUUAACCUUGCUGCCAAACAUACAAGCACAUCGGGUCAGUUCCUGCUGAAAGCUGAUGUUCCACUUCCUCAUCUGGUCCUGAGCUUCCUGCUAUGGAGAGACAGGAAGCUCAAUAGCAGCCCAAAUGACGUCUUCCUCAAUAUGAUCCAAAGUGAAGCAAGAGUCCCCAGACCUGCUCAGAUGGACUUGAGAUAACGCCACCAGAAGUUCCACCCUUGUCCCAAACUCCAGCCUCUCACAUUCACCCAGAAUGGCGGAUCCCACCAGGCUGAGCUCUGAAGGGGCCGGGGAAGGCACGGCCCAGUUCGACGCCUGUAGUUUGGAGAUAGAGAGGAAGUAUGAUGUCAUCCCGGCUGUCAUCUGCUCCAUGUGUUGCCUGUUUGGCAUCAUCUAUUGCUUCUUUGGUUACCGCUGUUUCAAGGCUGUCAUGUUCCUGUCUGGUCUGAUGUUUGGCGCCGUCAUUAUUUUCCUGCUGUGUCAUAAGGAGCACGUACUGGACACCCAGCUGAGCGUGGAGGCCAGCGCAGGUAUCGGCCUCGGUAUCGGGCUGCUGUGCGGUCUGGUCACUAUGCUGGUGCGAAGCGUCGGCCUCUUCAUGACUGGCCUGCUGCUUGGCCUCCUCCUGGCUCUCGCCGCCCUUCUAGUCACUCACCAGUUCUACACGCCAACCACAGUCUGGGUCCCACUCGGUACGCUUCUGGGAACGGGCAUGCUGUUUGCUGUGCUGACACUGCAGUGGCAAAAGCUCUUCACCGUGCUCUCCACGGCUGUGUUCGGGGCAGCUAUCAUGACAGUGUGUGCUGAUUACUUUGUGGAGAUGCUGGUUUUGGCCACGCAUGUGUACAAUUGCUUGCGCCUCACACCUGGGCCCCCUCUCUGCUGGUACAGCUGGGUCAUUCUGGGCAUCUGGCCCGCCCUCAGCCUCAUAGGAGUACUGGUCCAGUGGAAACUGACAGAUGACAGCUUCUCACACACUGAGGUCGUUAUCAGCCGGAGACAGAAGAGAGUCCAGCUGAUGCGGAUUCGAGAGAAGGACGCCAAGAAGCGACAGCAGGCAGGUGGGCAGGAAGGCACUUACCGCCGUAAACCCACCCCAGUGAAACGUUACGCUGGGGAUCUACUGGCACCGAGCUACCUGCAAAGUCUGCGGGACAGACAGAUGGGUACAGGCACUUCCCUUUGCAGCCUGGGCACUGCCAACCACACCAUGAUCGAUUUGGACUUUGACACCGGGUCCACUGCGCCCCUUACAGCUACAACCCCAGUUGUCAGGGUCUGAGCGAAACAGAGAUAAGGGACUACUUAGUGCUCUCUGGUUCUUCAAAUGUGUCUUCCUAACGUUGUUCCUAAGUCGUAGAGUUAAAAAACUGCUCCAGUUAGCUAAGGGUUUAUUUUGCCCUUUGAUUUGGAGCGAGGACUUGUGUCAGUACUGGGUGUUCGGUGAAAGAGAAUGCUGCUUUUUGGGGUGAUGAAAGAAGUGUCACCUGUUUGGUGAAAGCUACAUUAUAACCACUGCAACCACUGUGUUUCUCAGAUAAAAACUUAAAACAGAUACUAACAAAGUAAUGUCCUCCAUUUCCUCUCAUGUAUUAAAUACAUAAACAGCAUGCACAAGCCUCAAAACCUGAUGUAUUUUUGUUUUAUUAGUGAAUAUGACAAAGUAAUUUGUUUGACAUUACAUGUACUGUACUUAGUCAUUGCCAUAAAGUGUUGUGUUAUUACCUGUCUUACCUGUUUAACUGUGCGCUUGUAGAACUUGUGAAAGUUUAUCAUUAAAAUGACUUUGUAUUUUUUUUAGACAAAGUUGGGUGAGAAUUAAAAUAAGGCAUGCAGAUACAUGGAGUAUAACAAAGUGAAGCCAAUACUAAACGGGGCAAAAAUGGUUUGCAUUUCCUGACAGAAUACAGUAGGUGAAUAAUUUAGACUGUUGUGUAUGCGUGUGGAGUAAACGUUUUAUAAUUUAAUUUAUAUAAUGACCAAGUACAUGGUAGGGUUGAAAAAGGAAAAAAACAAAGCAUGUUUGUUGUUAAUUUGUAGAUUUUUAAAUAAUUAUCCAUUGUGUUUGAAUUUUUCAGGGACAAUACACUUGUUGCCUGAAUGUGUACAUAUCUGUUGAUAGAAAUGUUAAAGAUAAUAAAUGUGUUUGAUACAAAA